AAACGUCAUGGUGGCUGGCAGGGAUUUUCGUCGUCGCAGCAGUGGACGGAGCCCUCAGAACGUCUAGAGUUUCUUAUACUCCGGUGUAUUUAAUUGACAUAUAUCCAUGCCUAGCUGAUGUAGCUUUCAUGUACGCGGAUGGAGCAGUGGGCAACCUUAAGUACAGCAUUGUCAGUCAGCAUCCUAACGGGCAUUUUUACGUUGAUGGUUUCGGUAACAUACGAUGCAAUGAGACUGCUCUCAGGAGAAAUUGCAAGUCUAUUUACUCCCUGACCUUUAGUGCAACAGAUGACGUUGCCACGAUUAAACUAACCGAAACAGUUCCAAUAAAAGUGUAUGGUUUACCAAACGAAUGCACUCUGACAACGCUUACGGAGCCAACGGCAACAACAACGGCUGUGACAACAACAGCCCAAUGUGAGUGUGAUUGUGAUUAUGAUGACGCAUCGACGUUUGAGGAACCUAGGCGCAAGAAGCAACCAAAAGGCAACAUGGGAAAAAAUGUUCAAAGGGAUUUGGAGUUAUCGUCCCUGUCAGCGGAAAUGGACGACUGAACUCUGACAUUUAUCGCGAGAAAUACAAUUUUUAAAGUACUCAAUAAAUAUACAAAAUGAAAAUAUAAUCAAUACUUAAUCAAUACAUAUAUACGUACUUAUGUCCGCCAAAACGACAAAUAUGGCGCCGAAACAAUAAUUAAAAAUGUGUCGCCAUGUUUAUUUUUAAUGCGAGUACAUUUGUCUUCCUACAAUGGUUUCGUGUAGGAUUCUUUAAAUCCCAAACCCGUAAACACGAAAAACGACACAUAUUAACGUGAAGGGAGUCGACACGAAUCAUGACAUGUGCUGCCUGUUUGUUGUUCUGGUGAUUAUUUUUGACGUCCUCGUAUGGUGUGGUUUAAGU